CAUUCAGUCGCAGAAAGCAAAAGCGAAAAUCCAAUGGAGUGCUCCCAGAAUCUCAAGGUCACCAAAGAGGAGGUGCUAGCCAAGCUCAAAGACGACGGCGACUUCGACAGGCUCCGCCGCAAGAUCAUUCAAAAGCUCAAAUCCAACGAAGAGUUACGCGAAAACAUCAGCUCAAUUGUGAAGCAAUCAGCGGCUCUGAAUCGCCCAGGUGCUGAGACUAUGAAGCCCAGGCAACUCUCUGAUGACAUUUAUCACGACGUUGGGGAGAAAGUGAUGAGCCGGAUUUCGGAUGGGCUGUGGGGGAUCAUCAGGUCUAGCGAUGAUGGCAUGAAAACCGAAAUAAGUGAAACUGUUCUGUCUGUGUAUGAUAAAUUGACCAAUCCCGGAGACAAUGCAGAUGGUGUAUCCUCCGGUCGUGUUGUUCAAGUCGAGUGUAGUGAUAAUGGAGUAGUAAUUGGUGCUGCCAGCGGCCCUGUUGUUGAUGGUGUGGCUGACAAUGAGCUGAAGGAUCCGCCGCGGGGGUUUUCUAUGUCCUGCAAUCAUCAGGAUGACAAUGACCGUGAAAAAGGUGUUGUGGUGGAGCAGCGGGGAAUGUCGCAGGAUAAGAUGGAUACUGAGGAUGUGGAUCGAGUAGUGGCCCCUGGAUUUUACACGGACACGGAGCAGAAGGAGGAAUGUGGUGGUAGUGAUGAGGACCCUGAUGUGCCUCCUGGUUUUGGCUAAUGAUGUUGUCGUGCAAUUCAGUUUGUCAGUAUUCAGCUGUAUCGAUUGUCAGGUACCGAUGAGGAAGCAUAUGUUUGAUCUAUAACAAUGAAAACAUUUUUUUUCCAAUUAUCAAUAUGAUUGGCAUGAUCAAUAUUAGUGA